CCGCCCGCGUUGGUCGUCGUCGCCCGCGCGCUCCGUGUUGUUACGAAAAACAUCAGUACCAUAACCAAACUAGUGCAGUGGAUUCAGUGCUGGUGAUUGUGAUAUUGUGAUGUUCGGUGCGAGAGUCUUGGAUUUGUCGUAAAUAGUGUGGGAAGGGCCCGCCUCCGGGCGACGCAUCGGGAUAUCAUUAAGAUGCGAGCAAGAGAAGAUGCACCGAUUUGACUACAUCACAAUACACUAGACCGGCCAAAUCAUCCGAGAUGAGGAAACCAGACACCCUGGAUCCACUGGAGAAGGCGGCUUCCACCAAGAGGAUCAGCCUUCUCGACCAGAAAAACCUCCUAGAAGACAGAGGAGGCAUAUUACCAUCAGACUUUAAAAGAAGUGUUUUCGAAAAAUAUAAAAUAUCUAGUAGUAUAGGUGAUAAGCGAGUGACUUUUAGUGAAAGAAAUACUUUUAAAUUUAGUGAAAAUACUCGAGGACUGUUUAUUAGAAUAAAAACUUUAUUAGUUGUGUUGUUAGUGGCCAUCUUUGUUGAAACGAGGCUGCAUGUUGCGGCGAAAGGAGCAGAGCCCCGGUACGAGACGGCGUACGCGUGCGAAGGGAAGACCCUCAAGAUCGGCUGCGCGGAGGGCUCCGUCAUCCACCUCAUCCGGGCCAACUACGGCCGCUUCUCCAUCACCAUAUGCAAUGACCACGGCAACACCGACUGGAGCGUCAACUGUAUGAGCACGAGGAGUCUCAGGGUACUGCAUAGCAGGUGUAGCAUGCACCAGAACUGCAGUAUACUGGCCAGCACGAGCAUGUUCGGUGACCCGUGCCCCAACACGCUCAAGUACUUAGAGGCGCAUUACCAGUGUGUGCCAGCAUCAACAACGAGCACCACCAGUCGACCAUCACCGCCCUGGCUGAUCACCUCCCAGCCGACAGUCUGGAGGUCUACCGCAGCACCCGUGCCCAAGAGUCCAGCACAGAGCCAGCAGGAGAAGAAGAAGCCCACUGUGAUCACCCCACCCACCUUCAGGCCACAUAUCACGCUACCCCCUGAAGUGCAGCUGGGGAAUAUUGGGACGAAGAAGACUACAACGAGGCAGCCAGAACUAUCACCAGAAAAAGAAAUACAAAGUGCGUUAGACAAAAUAUCAGUGAUUCAAGAGGAAAUUAUCAAAUCCGUCGAUACGUAUGCUCCAAAGGGUGAUAAGGCGAAGAAAGAAAAAGAAGAGGAGCCAGCGCCGGUCACAGAUGAGACACUUCAGUGGGCGCCAAAAGAUGAAAUAGAUCCGACGCAGGGCGCCAAAGACCGACCCUCACCUGAGGAGGACGACUUCGAGAAAUCAUACACAACCAGCGCAACGCCAGCGCUGGGCCGACGAGCCUACUGUCCUCAGAUCAACGCGCGAGGCCUGCACUGGAACUGGACGCUAGCUGGCACGUACGCCGUGCAACCGUGCCCAGGUGGAGCUACAGGCUUGGCGCGGUGGAAGUGUACCUUAACCCCGAACCAGCAUAUCGAAGAAGAGAGGCCCAGGCGGCGCGGCGCCGGCUUACAGUCUGGAGAGAACUUCCACGACCUUGGACUGGACCAGCCAAGUGAGAGACAGAUGCAGCUGAUCAGAAGACUUGGGUCUGAAGGGCUACUCAAAGGUCGCGAGGGGGAUUCCCUGGAACAUCUGAUAGACUACCGCGGCACCGCGGUUCUACUGCCCGAUGCACAGGCUUCCCUUCAUAUUAGCACUGAUGAUCUCUUGUAUGCGGACGCGAUCCCAGAAUGGCACGGCCCGACGCCGGACCUCAGCGAGUGUCGGUCAGUCUGGCUCAACAGUCUGGAGGCCAGGGUCAGGGAAGGGGAAUCCCUGCUCAGCAUCAGCAAUGACUUGGCUCAGGUGACAUCCUCCAAGACGCUUUACGGCGGGGACAUGAUGACGACCACCAACAUUAUGAAGAAGCUCGCACAGCGCAUGUCCGACAACGUGCGGACUUUCCCCGACCCAAGGCAGAAGGAGGCCAUCGUGACAGAUAUGCUGCUGGGGGUUAUUAAGACUGGAUCGAAUCUUCUAGAAGAGAGCCAGAGAGCGUCAUGGUCGGACUUGAGCACAGAAGCACAGAACAGAGCGGCAACAUCCCUACUGACACAGCUAGAAGAAAACGCCUUCCUAUUGGCCGAUGCUGUCACCAAGGAGAAGACUAUAUUGCAGAUCGUUAAAAAUAUCUGUUUAUCAGUGCGAGUUCUAGAAGUAAAGAAUGUGGAAGACGAGACUUUUCCAUCCGUGAUCGCUCAGGAGCAGUGGAAAGCGUCAGAAGAUACGAUCACCAUACCUAAAGCUGCUUUACUUGAAAACCACCAAAUCGACCUCGUCCGCAUAGUCUUCUUCGCGUUUGAUCGUCUGGAGGAGAUCCUCCCCCCGACCUUCGGCAAGACCCCCCAGUUCGCCGCCUACUCCUCAGAGCCCGUCACUUCCAGCACCAGCCUCAACUCCGAGAAGGAGAAGAAGAAUGUCACCAGGGUGCUCAAUUCUAAGGUGAUAUCAGCGAGUCUCGGCAACGGCAAGCACAUUGAACUGUCACAGAUGGUCAGACUCACCAUGAAGCAUCUGAAAACGGAAAACGUCACCAACCCUACCUGCGUAUUCUGGGAUUAUACUUUACACGGCUGGUCAUCCGAAGGCUGUCAGGUGGAGUGGUCAAAUCUGACGCACACGGGCUGCGCGUGCUCCCAUCUGACCAACUUCGCGAUACUAAUGGACGUGCGCGGAAUCGCUUUGGGCGCUAAACACGAGCUCGCGUUGAGGCUGCUGACGCUGAUCGGCUGUGCUAUAUCGUCGAUCGCGUUGCUGGCCGCGAUACUGGUGUUCCAGUGCUUUAGGAAUAUGAAGUCGGAUCGAGUGUUAAUCCACAAGAACUUAUGCGCGUGCCUGCUGAUAGCCGAGGUGGUAUUCAUGUGCGGGAUCGACCAGACACAAGACCGUAUUCUAUGCGGCAUCAUAGCAGGGUUGUUGCACUAUUUCUUCCUAGCAGCCUUCGCGUGGAUGUUUUUAGAAGGUUUCCAUCUAUACGCUAUGCUGGUCGAAGUAUUCGAGCCGGAGCGUGCGCGCGCCCGCUGGUACGUAGCGGGUGCGUACGCGGCGCCCGCUGUCGUCGUGCUCGGUGCGGCCGCGGCGUAUCCUCAGGGAUACGGCACGGACAAGCACUGCUGGCUGUCCACUGAUAGGAUGUUCAUGAUGAGCUUCGUUGGACCUGUGGCUAUUGUGUUGGUGGCGAACUGGAUCUGUCUGAGUAUGGUGAUCUACAUGAUGUGUCACCACUCCACCGUCUCUAUCAAGGCGAAAGAGAACUCUAAAAUAUACAAAAUAAGGGUAUGGCUGAACAGUUCAGUGGUUUUGGCGUUUCUGCUCGGUCUCACUUGGACGUUCGGUCUACUGUACCUUAACGAACAGACUGUCGGAGUGGCGUAUACCUUCACCAUUCUGAACUCCCUACAAGGACUAUUUAUAUUCAUCUUCCAUUGCCUGCAGAAUGAAAUUUUCCAGAAGGAAUGCGCCCGUCUCGGCCGACGGCAUCGCUGGUUAUCAUGCUGCCUGUUCCUCGCACCAGCACCCACCUCCUCCAACCACGUGGACACACGGGGCAGCACCAAGAGCAGACGAUAUGCUGCUGCGGAACCAGAGGAGGACCAUAGAGAUGUGACGAGCUACAACGUCCCGGAGACGCGAUGGACGGUUCGACCCACGGCACCGAUAUACGUCCCGAGCGACGACAUAAGAAACCAACUCGCGCCUCAAAACAUACCGCAUAGCUCGUCCCACACUCAAAGCAUAGCGUCGAUGCAUAGCUACAGAAAUAAUAUCGAGGUGCCGAGCGACCACCAGAACCUCCGCUCGCGGUCGCCAUCUUGUUACUCCAACAAAAUGGCGGCGAGUAUUGGCGCGAACGAUUGGGCGCUCACCAACACUGGCAAUCUGUGGAAGAACACUUCUUCUAAGCACCACACGUCGACUCUGCCGCACCACGACACGCUGUCGCGUCAGAUGGCGCAGAAUCAUCUACAGAACCCGUACCCGGAGUGCGAGGCGCACGGGACCCACGGCCACGUCCCCGGCCACGCCUCUAGCCACGCUGGCCACGCCCCCGGCUCCCCUCGCCACAGGGACGAAGAUCACCAGGGCUACCAGACGACCCGCAGCUACAACCCCGACUUCCGCAACCCCCACGUCUUCAUGUCCCACUCCCCCGGCAGCCAGGAGAUGAUCUUCCGGAAGUACAAGGACGAGAGGCGGAAACACCACCACGGCUCCAACCACUACUCGGAGAUCGCAUCCCAGGGGCGGAUAUACAGACGCGGCUCCGAGGAGUUCCGCAUCCAGGAUGACCCGGUUUACGAGGAGAUAGAAAGGAACGAGACGCUGGUAUCCGAUAUGUCGGACGACUCCGUCGGACGGCCGAACCCGCCCGGCUCGGCGAAGUUCUUCGGCGACCACCGCCCGCUGAUCUCCUACAGCCCCGGGGAAAGAUUAGAGGAUUACGGAAAGUACGGGCGAUGGGACACGAUCGAGCGGUCGUACGACGGUCGGUACGACGGCCGGUACCCGCCCCCCGAGAACAUGCGCGCGCUGGCGGCAGUGCUCAACGCCGAAAAUAACGUCGUCUGCCACCUGGAACCCCCCAACUCGUACGACACGUACCCCCAACCCGGCCGGACCGUCUCCCAGCCCAGCUUCUAAAAGGACUCUGUAAAUACUUUUCUAUGGUAGACGUAGUGCCGGUAGCGUAGUGACCUUGCCAUAUGGACUCGUAGGUGUAACGUAAUUUUAAAAUCACUUUUUCCACUGUGAUCCUACUACAUAACGGCUCAACGUUCGUAGCGUGUACAUAUAGCGUUAGUCCUCCCGUCGUGGCAUUCUUGAAGCGUCUGUAGGUACAAAAGUCUGUGAUGAUUCGUUUCGUUUGCGUUCUAGUGUCGCCGCCCGGCGGGCCCUCCUUUCUUUGUGACUUCGAAAUCCAUCCAAAAGUAUAUAGACUGACACUAUUCGAUGUUGUGCACCGCCGUAGACUUAGCGUUAACUUGUUCGUUUCCAAUGCCAUGGACUUCGGAGGAAUCGUUUUAAAGUUUCGUGUAUAUUUUGAAUCUUAAGCAAUAUUUAGACUGAAGUAUUUUUGGACGUCGGCACACGUUUUCUGUAACAUUAUUUAUGAUCGCCGACGCUCGGGAAAUACUUUUUUUUAACGAGAAUUAUAAAAAAAAAUUGGGGAGUUUUAUUUUUUGUAAUUGGGUAUACUAGUCCAACUAACUCUCCCGUGCUGUAAUUUGUACAUUGUAUUGUGUAUUUCUGUUAUAUAUUAUUUUGUUUUUUGAUUGUAUUUUAAUAACGUUGAAUAUAUAAAGUAGGGCAAACAGAAUGUGUACAUAAUUUAAAGUUUAUAUAAAUAAAGAGCGACUACCCUGAGAGGGUAGCCGAAGGUGAA